AUGAUGUUAACAAUUUUUUAUAAGAAUAUUUCAAAUAGAAACUAUAACAGAACCUCCCUUGGAGGAACCCUCUCUAUAGGGAACACUUUUACCGUGCAACUGGUCGUUCCUUAUGGAGAAGUUGCACUUAUAACACCCAUGGAAUAUAAAACGGUGCAUAAAGUAUUACCCACAUCCAUGAUCACCCCGAUGGCACAUGUUAAAUUAUAUCACAUUGGGCUAUCAAUUAAAUCCUCAUACAUGCAAUGGGACAUGAAAAGAGCUAUCAUAAACAAUCCGGCGCUAAUACACCUGGUAAUUUGGCUGCAACUAGUACGUUUUAUAUUAACCCUGCACCUAUCCGAUAACUCGCCUGAUAAACGUGGCCACAUAAUGCUGGCCGACCUGUCCUACCUGUAUAGCAUCGGUGGACAUCAUUUCACUUACGCCGAAGCACUAUGGUCGCUAUCACUUUUAAUGAUCCAGUACGUUUUCUGGUAUAGUCGCAAUUCACCUGGGCCAUUUACGCAAUUAUUUGAUGUGCUGGCCGGGCACCGGACACCCGGGUCAAUUGGUAUAAUGGACAGAAAAUUAGCCCUCAAACUAGCUAUGAAAUCACGCUUUUUAUUCAACACAGUAACGAUUGGGCUAAAAUAUUGCUCACUGCUUUUACCAUGGCAUAUUAUUGUGGGAUUUGCAACCAAAUGUGACCUGUACGAUACGUUAACCUGGGGAAUUUGGCACGCCAUGGUGUUUGUACUGUUCAGCAAAUACACCAUAGGGUUCAGCUCGUGGCUAAUGGUUCACUAUUACCUGUUAUGCUAUUAUCUAAAACGCAAACUACUGCUGAUUAAUAACCGGUUACAACGGGCGGGAAAUCUACUCCGGGUUCGGAAUGGGAAACCCGGAUAUCCGGGUAUUGAUCGGACACUAGUCCGAGCGCUCGACAGCAUCUAUGUUGAGAUUAGUGACUAUAAUAAGACUUAUCUAUCGAAAUAUAUACUGAUUUUAUGGCUAACAAUGGGCACGAUUUCUGUUACCGUAAUGUACGCCAUAAUUUACCAGGACAUGGCCGUAUUUCUAAAAUAUACCAUGGCCAACGCUGUGCUGCUUACGUUGUUACCCUUGGUGUUUGUUCGCUAUAUGUCAGCUGCCGUUAAUGCCGAGGCCAACCGGUCGUAUAAUUUACAGCUUUAA